AUGCCAAUAUCGCCAUUCACCCGUGGUUUUUUUACCGCAUCCUGCAAUGGCAAACCGGAGGCCUUUAAUAUUGUACAGGCCGGUACAUUGGUGAUUGAUGCACUCACCCUGUUAAAUUCAGUAAACCUCAGCUACCUUAUUGUAAUGGAUAAGGGCGCGUACAAGGGUAUCUUCUGCGAACGCGAUUACAGCCGCAACGUAAUACUCAAAGGCCGUUCCAGCGAUUCUACCAAGGUGGAAGAAGUGAUGACUACAGAAUUGCCGGUGGUAGCAUUAACCGACAGCGUGGAGUAUUGCAUGAAUUUUAUGAACGCUCACAAGACCAGGUACCUGCUGGCCUAUGAUGAUCAGCAAUUUGCAGGCGUAAUUACCAUCCACGACCUGCUGCGCCAGGUAAUUGCCAACAAGGAAGAUGUGUUUGACAGCAGUGUAGCGAACAGCUUGCUUGACAGUGAAGAAAGUGGGCGUAUUUAUUAA